CAUCAUCAUCAUCCUGUUUAAUAAUAAAUAAUAUUUUCUGACGAUUGUGAACAAACAACAAAGCUUGAUUGAAAGAAACAAGCAAAACAAAAACACCCGACGAAUUCUUAAAUGUUUUGUUCCUAUCUUUCUUCUCCGUUCUGUCUCUCCACCUUCUUCACAAGCUCUUUUCUCUCUUUUACGUUACAUUCUCUUUUCCCAUAAGUCACUCACCAAAAUUUCACCUCAAAAUCUCAUCACAGGAUCGGAAUUCUUCACGCAAAUGGAAGAAUCGGGUGAGUUGCAAACGGAAGAAAAUAAAGUCUCUAUGGAGAAAACUACGAAAAGAAAGCUCAAAACGCCUGCGCAGCUUAAGGGUCUGGAGAAUUUUUAUACUGAGCACAAAUAUCCGACGGAGGAGUUGAAAUUAGUAAUUGCUGAGGAGUUAGGGUUGACAGAAAAGCAAGUGUCUGGAUGGUUUUGCCAUCGGAGGUUAAAAGAUAAGAGACUGUCGAAAGAUGAAUCAGCUGCUAAUGGACGACAAGAUCGUUCGAGUGGUGUCAUCCAGGAUCGUGGAAGUGGACUCGGGCAAGGGCAAGAUUCAUGUGGAAGCAGUAAACAUGGUGAUUAUAAGUAUCUGGAUCCUAAAGAAGUUGAGAGUCACGGCCUUUAUAAUCGUGAUUUGUCAGUUGCUGAUAUGACCUAUGGACGUAGGAAUCAUUUUUCUGAAAAUGUUAGUGGAAUGGACGAUACGUCAUCUGAGAGUAGCUCUUAUUUGCAGGAACGGUUGUAUCCUCAAGGCCAGGGUCCAUAUGAGAUGGAGCCUUCUAGAUAUUUAGCAUCUGGUAAAUCACUUCCACCCUUGAAACCGAAGGGUGCGAUGAACAUGGGAUAUAAACCAUCGGGGUAUUUGAAAGUGAAGGGUGAGAUAGAGCAUGCUGCUAUAACUGCUGUUAAGAAGCAAUUAGGAAGGAAUUAUCUGGAAGAUGGUCCACUACUGGGCGUGGAAUUUGAUCCACUUCCUCCAGGGGCCUUUGAAUGCCAAACCCAAGAUCCAGUUCCCGAACCAUACCGUUUUGCUGAUCCUGCUCUUCUCAAAUCUCCAGAAAUCUCCACAGCAAAAAGACGACCUGGUCUUAGCUCCAAAUACGAUUCAUAUUACACUAAACAUAGUUCUCAAGAUACUCAUAUGGAAGGAGAUGAUGACUUUGGUUCCUUGCGUGAUUCGGAUAUUCACGAUAAACAAGAUAGGGAAGCUUUCCAUGGUACAAAACACCGACAAACUUUUCAGAAUAAUGCCGCCCGUGUUCCUGCCAGGAACUCUUCCUUGGAUUUGUACGAAGACUCAACCGGAGAAGCUGCUUAUAAUAUCACUAAGAAUCAUAGGAAAGACACCAAGCGCGGUGUCGAGGGGAUGAGAUCUGAUUCUGCUUCUAACCAUAGUGAUCACUAUGAAGAAAACAUUCCAGUUAAACAUGCAGACUUUCUGCCAUACGACUAUGAAAACACCAAUCCAAAGAACAUGCAAAGGAAUGUUCAUGCAGAGUUUUUGCAAUAUGACUAUGACAACGUCAACCCAAAGAAUGCGCAAAGGAGUGAACGUGAAUACGUAAAAACAAAACCUUCAAACUCAAUCCGUAAUUCUCGUGGAUCCGCUGAUACUGAAGAAAGAGAGCUAUCUACUAGGAUGACUAAGGAAGAGAUGUUCAAGACAGAAAGGAAGGCAAAAAAGCAAUUUCGCGAUACGGGUGGAGCAGUGAUGCUUUCAAACGAAACUAUGGUUGCAAAACGACUCAAACCCAAUACGUUUCUACCAUACAACGCGAAUCAAUUUUCUGCUGCUGAAAUAGAACCAAGGAAAAUUCAGAGGUCUGGCGCAGAGAUGCCGUCUAGCUUUAGCGAGGACGAAACCGGCGAUACAAGUUCCUCGUUGAAUUGAACGAGUAUUUUGUUGAUAGAUGAUGUUGAGAAGUAUGUAUAGUCUUCAAAAGACAGAUGCAAUUUACUAGUUAAGGCAGUAGUAACAUUGGAAGCACUGUUUCUAGCAGCAAAAACUAGUUACAUUACACUCCAUUUGCUGUUUGUUGUGCUCACCUAUUGCCUAUGAAAAAAAUGGUGUAGAACUCCUACCCCCUUGAUUUUUUUAUGUAGUUGUUUGUUGUAGGUGAUUCACAUAUUCACAUGAUUUGUUUUGUAGUUUAAUUUAAGGUAGUGUGUUUGGUAUUCUUAUUUGAUCCAAUUUAAUCCAUGUUUGGAAGAGUUAGAUACUUCUGCUUUAUGACUUUAAUAAAAUUUAGAAUGAUUAGUUUCA